UAUCAGCCUCAGGGAAUUUAUAAUGAUUGGAUUUCAAAUACCUCUCCCUUUUAAAAAGUUACUAUUUGCAAUUUUUCUAGUGACAUACAUGUUUACUGUGUCCGGAAAUGUUUUAAUUAUAGUGCUUUCAUUCACAUCUCAACAACUCAACAAACCUAUGUACUUUUUCUUAAGCAACUUAUCUGUAUGUGAAAUUAUUUUGACCACAAACAUUGUCCCUAAUAUGUUAUGUUUACUAAUGGUUGAUCAGGUAAUCAUCUCUGUGCCAGAAUGUUUUCUUCAGUUUUACAUGUUUGGAACUUCUGCCACAACAGAAUGCUUUCUUCUUGCUGUCAUGUCUUAUGAUCGCUACUUAGCCAUUUGUAGCCCACUGCAUUAUACCUCUAUCAUGAAUGAAAGACUUUGCUUUAAACUUGUAGUUAUUGUUUGGACAACAGGCUUCAUGGCUACAGUAGGGACAAUUAUACAGAUGAGCAGUUUGAAGUUUUGCAAGACUAACGGCAUUGAUCAUUUCUUUUGUGACCGAGAGCCCAUCUUAGGUCUUUCUUGUUCAGACACGGCUGAAGUUGAAGUGCAAGCCCUUGUUUUUUCAUUUUGCAUCACUCUCUGGCCUUUUAUAAUGAUUGUCUGGUCUUAUAUUUCUAUUCUCCGUACUAUAUUCAAAAUGAUCACAAGCAAGGAAAGAUAUAAAACAUUUUCAACCUGUAGUUCUCAUCUAAUAGUGGUCAGCAUGUAUUAUGGAACUUUAAUAAUAAUGUAUGUGGUGCCUUCCAAUAAUCAAUCAUUUAAUGUCAACAAACUGUUGUCAUUACUAUAUAUUGUGGUGACUCCACUGUUAAAUCCUAUCAUAUACAGUUUUAUGAAUAAGGAACUAAGAAAUGCACUGCUACAAUGCAUUUACAACAUGUCAUUGUGUAGAAAAUAUUGAAUAUUAUCAAGCAAUCUAAACUAUAGAUAUGAGACAAAAUGUAUCCUUCCUAGUGCUAUGUAAUGAAUGCUCAUCAGAGAUAAUCUGGCUUUAAGCAGUUUAGGGACCUUGCAUUGUACAUGAGGAGGCAAGCCUGCAACCAAGGCCUGAAGCCCCUUGGAGAGGAUGCUACCAGAGAAUGGGGAGUAUGUUAAA